GCUUGGCUAAGGCUAUACCACUGCGGCGGCCGCAGGGGUGCGCGCAGCGUCUCCAAGGUGAGCGAGGGAAAACACUCGGACGUGUUUCGGGUCAGAACGCCGGGCGGAAUCGUCGUGCUCAAGGUCCUGCACGUCGAGUACAUUGACCGUUACGCGAAGCAGCUCUGCAACCACUUGCUGGUCGCCAGGGCUCUCGAACGCCUAACCGAUGACAGAGGACACAAUUUCACCACGGGAUUCGUUCUUUUCACGAAGGCUCUAUGCGUUUGGGAUGGCUACCCGCGGGAAUUGAGCGAUGCCUGCCUCAAGUUCGCCGCAGUCCGCCACGACGCCAGACCGAGGAGCGUCGACCACAUAAUCGCCUAUCGUCAAGUGCCUCAGCCUUACCUGGUGCUGCAGAUGGACUACGCCGGAAAUCCACUAUCAUCAAUGCAGGUGUUGAGCACUGGGCAGGCAGUCAGCAUUUUCCGGCAGGUCAUACUCACUCUGGCGGCGGCCGAAGCCGGACUCAACUUCGAGCACCGACACCUCAGCCUCGACAGCGUUUACGUCGCGACUACGCAGAGGGAGUUCGUGCAGUGGAAGGUAGACGGCAAGCGGUUCGACGUCCCAACCCGAGGAGUCGUCGCGUACGUCGCCGAUUUCAGCGCCGCCCGCGUGGAUAUAGACGGAGAAACCGAGUUUACCGAUCCGCAGCCGCUUUGGGAAGACUGCGACAAGGACGGCGCACUGAAGGACAUUCACAGGAUGAUCGGGGAAGAUAUGAGCGACGGCUGGGGCUCCCACUGUCCGAGGACGAACGUGCUGUUAACCUACCACGUGACCCGCGAGCUGGCCGAACGUGUCGCGGUGGACCGCCACCACAGCGGCGAGGAGGAGGCGGAGUGGAACGCGUUCCUGGAGUGGAAGUUCCAGCUCCCGUGGUUCCCCAGCGUCGCCCUCUUCGCACGCAGCGCGUUCGCAAGCCGGGACGACGCGUCGCGAACGCGGUUUUCUUCUUCGGCAGUUGUCGCGAAGCUGGGCCGCUUCGUGACGAGAUCGUUGUCGUCUCUCGUGGGCGAGAACAGAUAGAUAGACGCACGAGCCUGACCUUGCUGAAUGUGUAUGCUUAAAUGUGUCCUGCAUCAUAAAACCAGAUUCGUUUCUCUCU